AUGCGCACCAGCCCCAUGGAUCCUCCAACUCGUCCAAGACGUCACCAGGCACGUGGGGCAGCCGGCGGCGGGGGCGGGGAGCCCGGAGGCCGCGAUUCGGCUCGACGACGAGCUCGCGACGAACGGGCCCAGAGAGAUGGAGAGUCCCUGGCCGACAACGAGCUUGUCAAGUACUGGGAGGCCAACAAGGUCGAGCUCGACGCCGCUGCCUGGCUGCGGUAUCCGGCACUGUUUCUCGAUGGCUACAUUUCGAAUGGAUUUCGCCGAUGGAUCGGGAACCGUUCGACAAUACAGCUUCCGCUGGGCCAGUAA